UCAAUUAAAAUUGUAAUAAAAUGGGUUAGCUUAAAUACAAACGUUUACAAAAAUUAAUUAGUUCAGUGCUCGGCCUGUACUAAAAUGGUCAGAAAUGAGUUCCAUUUCAAAAGUAACAUUAUCGGGAAGAAACGGUGGAAAUUCAAUGAAAGUUUUAUUUGGAGCGUGACAGUGUUGAGUUUUGUGAAUCAGGGAUAUGUUGAAGGAAAUGAAGAAUGUCACCUUAAACUUUGUACAUCCAAUGAAUGUCUUCGAGCUGCAGCAAAUCUUAAGCUCUCAAUGGAUCCUGAAGUUGAUCCUUGCGAUGAUUUCUACAAAUAUGCUUGUGGAAAAUGGUCAGACGUCCACCCCAACAUCAGACUGGAUCCAACUUAUGAUGCUUACGAUUCAAUAGAUGAUAAAAUUGCUGUAGCUACCAAAAAGAUUCUCAUGGAGGAAUACAACUUGGGAGAACCCCGAGCCUUGCAGAAAAGUAGAUCUUUAUAUUGGUCUUGUACAGAUAUGGGUUGCUCUACACUUCGAACGUGUAUUUUUAUAAAUGAUAUCGAUAUCAUUAGUGGUAUGUGCGCUGACUGCGAGGGAAAAGGUUAUAUCUUCGAAGUCUCGACUAAGACUAACCGAUAUAUUGUGAAGACGAACAUUAUCAAAUAUAUUUUAACUCAAGUAACAAUGAACAAAACAGGUACAAUACCUAGUGAUUCAGUCUUAGAGAAUGCAGUGAAUGCCAUAAAGGAAAUUGAAAGCUUUCUAGAAGAGAUUUACUUGAAUUAUACCCUCACAGGUGAAGAAGACUCCUAUUCCAUAACCUUGGAAUAUCUACAGUCACAAACGGAUGACUAUUUAUCAACUUCGUUGCCGAAUUUUUGGCCGAAAUACAUCAAAUACUUGUUCAGUGGAAGUCACAUUAAGAUUCGUCCGAAAAACGUAUCGGUGUACACCACCACAGGAGAUUUUGAGUAUUUGAACUUGGUGUUGGAGUAUCUUUCAACUACUCCCGACAUCAAUAUAGAACUGUAUAUGUGGUGGGUAACAGUUGAGAAGAUGAUUUUGAGUACCUCCUCAGAUAUUAUAUAUUAUGUGACGAAAGAAACUAAUGACAGUUAUGAAACGUAUACAGGGUCUGAAGAGCAAUGUAUAAGUAUAGCAAAAAAGUAUAUGGGAUACGCAAUCACGUAUGCUCUGGCUGAGGAACUUUAUCCCAAUACAACGAAACUGAAAGUUGGUCGAAUGCUCAAAAGAUUGAAAACAGCUUUUGAGAAUCAUGUUACUAAUUUGGAUUGGAUGGAUAAUGCUACGAAGAAAGUAACAUUGCAGAAGAGCAGAGAGAUGAUAAGUUUUCUUGGAUAUCCAGACUGGCUUUUCGAGAAAGGAGCAUUGGACAAAUAUUAUGAUGGACUUGAAAUCCUAACAUAUACGUAUUUGGAAAAUUUGGUUAACAGAAUAUCACAUUACAAUUUGGAUAUAUUGAAUUCGUUCAACAAAACACACAAAAGAAGUUGGUAUAACGACGCUUUCGAUGAGAGUGAACCCAUUUCUGCUAACGCUUUCUAUUCAGCUAAGGACAAUGCCAUGGAUAUACCAAUGGGACUUUUGACAUUUCCAAUGUAUGAUUUGGGACUGGAGGUUCUGAACUAUGGUGCACUGGUAACAACUUUAGGACAUGAACUUACGCAUGGCUUUGACAACCGCGGAAGACAACGAGAUAAAUAUGGAAAUUAUAGACAAUGGUGGAGCAACAGCACAAUAGAAGCGUUCACAGACUUGGUAGAAUGCUUCGUUGAACAAUUUAAUAAUUUCACAGUUGAAGGGGUGAAACCAAGGGUAGAUGGAGAACGGACUCUAAGUGAAAAUGUAGCAGAUAAUGGAGGUCUCAAUCAAGCAUUUUCUGCUUACAAAAGUUUUCAAGAAACAUCUCCAAAAGAACCAAAGUUACCUGGAUUUGAAAAUUUCAGUGAUGAUGAGAUGUUCUUCAUUGCAUAUGCUAGUACGUGGUGCAAGACAACCACGAAAACGGCAUUGGAAAUGUCUUUGACAGAGGGCAAUUACGCUCCAUUUUCUGUAAGAUUACUGGCGAGCUUGCAGAAUUCGGAAGAUUUUUCCAGAGUAUUCAACUGUUCCGUAGGAAGUUUCAUGAACCCAGAGAAGAAAUGCAGAAUAUGGUAAAGAUGAAACAAACAUGAAAAUAUAUUUAUAAUAAGUGUCUAGUUAUUUCAAAUUUUACUGUAUGGUCGUUUGUACUCAUCAUUUUCUUGUUGCACAAUAUGUUAUUAAAAAUGGAAAGAUAAAAAUUGGCUCCAAACAUUCAUUUGUUCAAAGUUAUCGUACCUGUUUCUCUGGAAAAAGCUACCACUUAACUAUGCAGUACUGACAAUUUUGUUGGAAAUCUUUACAAAAUAAAACUAUUAAAUGCAUAUAUAAAUUGCCGUACAUAGAACCAACAGUGAAUUUGUAUACCUAAACCAAAAAAUUUAUUAGAUUUAAACACCCUAUACAAAUAAAAAAAUUUUUGUUUCAUUCAUUCAACAUUCAAUAAC